AUGGCUUCUUGCAGGGUUUGUUUGGUUGGAUGCGUGUUUAUCGUAGCAGCUCUACUUCAUGGAGCCGCCGCUAGGACAACCCACAUUGUCGGAGGGAGUAUAGGAUGGACUGUUCCUCCUUCUGGCUUCUCAUAUGAUACAUGGGCUGCCUCACAGACGUUUGCGGUAGGCGAUUGGCUAUUUUUCAACUUCACAAGUACAACUCAAGAAGACGUGGCUGAGGCCAUGUCAAAGUCUGUUUAUGAUUCCUGCAUCACGGUUGGCAUUUUUUCUACUUAUGUAUCAACAACAAACAUCCUCAUUGCAUCCGCAGGAGAGCACUACUAUUUCUCCACCAUUGGCCAACGAUGUCAAAUGAACCAGAAGCUGACAAUCAACGUUUCUGCAUUCAACUUCACAAGUACUAAAGAUGAAGUGGCUCAAGUCUUCACAAAGGCUGAUUAUGAUUCCUGCAGCAUGACGAACAACUUUGUUACUUACAGCUUUGUUAUUAAUUCAACCUUAAUAGUUUUGAUUGGAACCCCCGGAGUAGAACAAUACUACUUCUCCACCAUUGGCUGUAAAAUGAACCAGAAGGUGACAAUCAACGUUUCCGGCUCUCCCACCUCCUCCUCCUCCUCCUCCUCUAAUUCAUAUACCUACUCUAAUUCCUCCUCCUACAGCUCCUAUUCUUCAACCAGUUCUGCCUCUGCUCUCACUGUUGGUGUUGACUUCUUUAUUCUUCUGCUAUCCACUGUCAUUGCUUCCUUUUGUUGA